AUGUUUCAAAGACGACUUGUUGAUCUUGUGCCCAAAAAAGAACACGAACUCCUCGAGCUUCAAAACACUGCGAAUAGGGAACCCGGCGUUUUCCUUUGGAUCCAGCUUGGAACAAUUGAUCACCGCGAUCUUGUGCAGUUUGUGGAAUCCAACAGCCAAAUGCCAGUCGCCAGCCCAAAGAAAGGGAUGGAACAUGAUCUCGACCACGCCACUCUUUGGGCCGUAGCUGUCCUUGUUUCUAAACAGCCCAAACUUCAUUCCUGUGUUGUAUUCGUCCAGCAACAAGUUCAUGUAGAAGAAGAGCAUUUCGUUAGACCACACCUUCUCGCGAUGGGAAUCGUCAGAGAACUUGAGCCUGGAGCGCAUUCCGGUGGUUUUGUGGCUUACGAUCUCCUCUGGAGCGAGUGA